CUGAGCUGCUGCGGCGCACGUGUGCGGGCUGCUGGUGGUAACGGUUUCUUUCCGGUCUCUCUCUCCGUCUGUUGGCUGAGGCUCGCUCGCUCGCGGCCAUGGCGUAUCGCGGGCAGGGCCAGAAGGUGCAGAAGGUGAUGGUGCAGCCCAUCAACCUCAUCUUCAGGUACCUGCAGAAUAGGUCCAGGAUUCAGGUGUGGCUCUAUGAACAGGUGAACAUGCGGAUAGAAGGCUGUAUCAUUGGUUUUGAUGAAUACAUGAACCUGGUUCUGGAUGAUGCAGAGGAGAUACACUCAAAAACAAAAGCAAGGAAACAGCUGCGUCGGAUCAUGUUAAAGGGGGACAAUAUUACUGUUCUACAAAGUGUUUCUAACUAGAACUUGUCAUUCAGAGGGUGGAAUGCACUAAAGAGUGUUCCAAACUAGAAUUUUCAGUUAAUGUGUGGGGUGGACUAAACGUUGUUAUAAAC